AUGCACACUUGUCAGUAUUAUUAUGGCUGUCAGUGGGAUGAUAAGAGUGAAGCUACAGAUGGAUUUACGCAGUUUGGUUAUGAUGGAGAGGACUUCAUCUUUAGGUACAAGGGCCAGAUUGGGGCCCAUCUGAUCCUUGGAGGGGUAGACUGCACAGGGAGUCACCUUUAUACUGUUGGGCCCUAUGGAAGCAUGGAUAAAAAGCCUUAUUUGGCCAUGGGGUCUGGAGACCUUGCUGCUUUGGGAAUACUAGAGGACAGGUUCAAGCCUAAUAUGGAGAUGGAGGAUGCCAAGACUUUGGUGCGUGAUGCCAUCCAUGCUGGCAUAAUGAGUGACCUUUGCUCUGGAAACAAUAUAGACAUUUGUGUCAUCACCAGAGAGGGUGUGGACUACAUAAGACCCUAUCAAGAAUCAGAAUAUAAGGACAAGAGGCAAAGGAAAUACAAGUACAAGCCAGGCACAACUCCUGUUCUGAAAGAGAACGUGAUUCCCCUUGAAAUUCAGCUAGUGGAGGAGACCGUACAGCGGAUGGACACAGCUUAA